AUGUUUUGGGCUGCAUUUUCUGGCGCUAUACGGCGUACAGGGCUUAUACCACUCUUUGGGAAUCCUGAGGCUGAGCGUACUGGUAUCACUGGCCUAGUGAUUGAGGAGUUAUACCGCCGGGUUCUACCUAUCUUGCUUACAAAUCUAGAUAGUAUUUUUCAGCAUAAUAAUGCUCCGACACAUACUGCGUAUGUUGUACGGGAUGCAUUAGCUGAGAUGGAGAUUGAAGUUAUGGAAUGGCCUCCUCACUCGCCUGAUUUGAAUCCAAUUGAAAACCUCUGGGCGUUGUUGAAAGCUAAGAUAUACGAGCUUCGGCCUGAUCUCCUACAUAUGCAGAACAAUGACACAACAAAGGAGAUACUAGUGGCAACAGCGCAGCAGGCAUGGGAUGAAUUAGAGCUGAGGCACCUGGAGCAUCUCUCUGAGACAAUGCCGCACCGGGUGGAGGCUAUCAUUGAGAGCCAGGGGUGGUAUACACCAUACUAG